AUGGCUUUUAUAUGGCCCAUGGGGUUGUACUGUUGUGCCAGUGGCAGUAUUGGCGGGCCCAUCACAUUUGCAAGUUCAGGCCUCGCCAGAUCCACGAUAAAUGAAACCGCCCAUGAAAAGCGCGGUGAGAGGUGCGUGAGGGAGGGUACUGGAAGGGAUAUGGGUGUAUGCGAGGCGCACGAGGAAGGGGAGGGCGCGUGGGGGAGGAGUCAUCACUCCCGGUGUCCAUUGCAUUUGAAAAACACAGUCCUAUGGAGCCUGAGGCCUGAGGGUCACGAAAUUCGAAAGCGAGGCAGGCCUGGGAGGGUAGCGCUCAGAAUCAGCAGAGGGUGGCGGCAGGUGGCAAGGGCACCAGUAGGUGCCAGUGCGGGAGGGGCAGCCAGAAAAUUAGAUCCGUCAAAAGAAGAAAAGAACCCAAAUAUAUUUUUGGAUGAGUGGCCCGGUGCAUCCAAAUUAGGACACUCGGAGACGACCGAGAAGUUCGAGAAGCUUCGUACCUACAAAUGCAUGCCCGAUUCAAGUGUUGCUGUUGUCGAGACAGACACAUCAGAAGAUACUUGGGCUGAAACCAUACUGGGCAUAGCCACGACUCGUCAACAACCCUUGGAUGCUCAACGAAGCUUGCAAGACGAGGUUGAUGCCUAUUUGCUCGACUCCCAGAUCAGUAACUUGAAUAGUGCUCUGAUUUAUUGGAAUCCGCUGGCUAACCGGCUGGCUUCCUAUAACUGCCUCGAACCGGUCCAAGCAAAACUGGUUCAGAUCAAGUCUGAAAUUUUCACUACGUCACGAUAUUACACCCCAUUUGAGCGAAGCAAGAGUGUAAAUUUGAAGGUAAAGUCGACGGGCCUGCGGGUCUUCAUCUUAAUUCUUCGGCGUGCCGGUGAGGGAAGUGCAAGGCUUAAGGGAGGUGUCAUGCGCCAAGUUCGAAUUCUGGACGGGCAAGUCAUCGUGGCCUCUGUUCCAUUUGAAUUUUAUCUGUUGUCAGUGACUUCUCUGGGUACCAAGAUGCUCCAAGAUGAACCGGAGUUGAUCAAUCGUUGA